UGUAGUUCAGUCAGUGCAGCAGUGUGUGAGAGGUGCUUUGCAGCGUUUUGGUCUGAACCGGGUCACAGAAACAGCGAGGUUUACCGAGACUACUGCGCGGUGUGUACUCUCAGAGUUUGGAUAUUGUUGUUUAUUUGCUACUUUCUCUCUAAAUCGCUUCCUUCGCGGACAAAAAGAAGAAAGAAGCAAGAGGAGUCCUUUGCCAUGACUAAGUCGUCAACUUGUUGAUGUUGCACUUCGCUGUUUUCUUUCGUUGAAGGGUGUGAAGAUGCCACAUUCUGUGGACUCCUUCCCAACAGAAACACUCAUCUCUGAAACCUUCUCUUUGGACUUUUACUCCAGCAGCGAACACACCACAGAGCCAUACGCAGCAGAAAGCUUCAUCGCAAGAGUCAGCAACAUCAGCAGGUCGGACGGCGUCCGCUGCACUUAUAAAGAAGACUUCAAACGUAUUUUACUCCCUGCUGUGUACAGCUUUGUGUUAUUGCUAGGCCUUCCUCUAAAUGCUGCCGUCAUCCUGAAAAUAUGGAGGACUCGACCACAUUUGUCCAAAAACAACAUCUACAUGCUCAACUUGGCCAUAGCCGACCUGUUGUAUGUGAUGUCCUUACCCCUGCUCAUCUACAACUACGGCAGCCAUGACUACUGGCCCUUUGGAGAGUUUACCUGUAAACUGGUGCGAUUUCAGUUCUACAGUAACCUGCACAGCAGCAUCCUCUUCCUCACCUGCAUCAGUGUGCACCGCUACUUGGGUAUCUGCCAUCCUCUUGCCAUGUGGAUUAAACAAGGUGGAUCCAGGCUGGCAUGGUGCAUCUGUGGAGGGGUGUGGCUUGUAGUCGCCAUCCUGUGUGCCCCAACUUUUCACUUUGCUGCCACUGGGAUCCAGAGAAACCGCACUGUGUGUUAUGACCUAAGCACCCCCAAGAAAUCAGUGGAUUAUUACCCUUACGGCAUGGCUCUGACUUGCCUUGGCUUCCUGUUGCCUUUCAUGGUGGUGUUGGUGUGCUAUUGUCGCAUGGCCCACAUCCUCUGCCGCCCCGUGUCCUACCAGGGUGUUACCUUGGCCACAGGCGAGAAGCGGGACAAGGCAGUGAGAAUGAUCAUCGUAGUGAUGGCGGUGUUCUGUAUAAGCUUCCUGCCAUUUCAUCUGACAAAAACCCUGUAUCUGGUGAUCCGCACACUGCCUGGUGCACCCUGUGAGACCAGAAAUCUGUUUUCUAUCAUCUAUAAGAGCACCAGGCCGUUUGCCAGCAUGAACAGUUUCCUGGACCCCAUUCUGUUUUACUUCACUCAGCCACGCUACCGCAGGAGCACCAAGAGGUUUAUGGUCAAAAUCACCACCCUGAGGGAGAAGGGCACCAGUGUGUGAGCCAGCAGUGCUUUAAAUUCUUCCAGAGUAAACCAUAAAGACUUGAUGCUACACGAGCAUACUGCAAAGUAAUAUAUGCAAUGUAUGAAGAGUUUAGCAGCAGGUUUCCUUGUGCAUGUAUUCAUGUAAGCUGAAGUGCUUUAAACUUUUUUCAACUACUGUACACUGUGACAAAGAACUGAACCUUUCUGAGUGCAUCUCAAAGAGGUGGGGAGGCACUGAUGUAUCAUAAGGCCUUCUGAAAGAAGACAAAGGUGUUAAUCUUGUUUUGUAAAUGAAGUGAGCAAACUAGGAUGUGUAUAAUCUUGAAUUGGUUAUCAAUUAUAUAUGGAAGUCCGUGUGAGGAAGAGAGACAUUUACAACACUGCUUGUUUAGUCCGUUAUUUCAUCACUAUAAAGGCAGACUGCUACUGUUCAUUUACGCCACACACUGUAAACGGUGAUUACACCAUCAGAACACCGGGGCAUUCAUCUGUAGAUUCCCUGUGAUUUGUGAAAUGUUACUCUUCAAUGUGCACAGUGUAGUUCAGGAAAAACUUUUUUCUAUUAUUGUAAAUAUUAUUUGUUUAACACUGUGAACUGCAGGAUAAACUAAAAUAUCUCUAUCUAAACACAGAACAAAAGAUUUGAUUUUAAAGGUGAUUUGUGUGACAUGGAGAAAAAGCAGCAGAUAUGGCUGUGUGCACUGUGGGAUAUAGCAUGUAAAAUACUGUAAGACAUCUAAAAUGUUUCUGACUGCAUGUGAGACGUGCAGAAAAUGAUUUUUUAAAGGAGUGUUGCAGUAGAGUAGAUUUUGUGUCCUCAACACUUUUCACAUGAAGGUUCUUCUUUUGCCAUUUCUCCCCUUUAAAGACAGUUUCAACUUUUAAUAGGUUGAAAGCUUGUUGUUGUAUUUAUUCACCACUAGGUGGUGUGAGAUCCCCUCUGCACUGAGACUCUUGCUUUCAUCUUUGCAUUGAAUGAUGUGACUGUAAACAUAUUAUGCAGUGAGGAUUAGAUCUUCAAUCUUUUACAAUCAGAAUUGGACUGAUGUCAACAAACCUCAACUAUCGAGCAGCGAUCAAACUCAGUUUAGACCCUCUCACUAUGUGUCUGUAUCUACACAUUGUUAAAAAACUCUAGUGAACCAAAUAAAGCCAUAUUUAAAGCCUGUGCCAACAACAAAUUAUAAAUGUUACUAUACUUAAAAGGAAGUUAAAACAACAAAGUAAACAGACUUCUGGGCUCGGUCUAAAUAAAAACGACACUCUGUGGUUAACCCCUUCCUGAUAGUGUUUGAAACCUUUCCAUAAGUUUAGGAUUUCUAUUAACAAAGAUCUCUAAUGCUGAUAGAAGAGAAUAAACAAUAGGAUAACUAGAAAUUGAAGAAAAUGAGCUCUGCUUUUAAUUCUGUUUUGGUGGUGUUCCUGGAUUAAACAUAUUUUUGCAUUACAUAAAAUGAAGGAAAUAAUUAUCACUUACUGCUUUUGGUGUUUGUUAUGUAACCUUACAGGGUAACUGAGUUACCCAGUGUUUGAUUUGGUUGUCCGUGUUAAUUAUGAAAUGAACCUUAAAGCCAUAAGGCCUUAUUUGUUUUAAUAUUUGUUUUUUUCUGGGUUUUUUUCUUUUGCAUUUUGUUUUUGAAGCCGAUUGCAACAAUGAUGACGUAUUUAUAACCACAGUUAUUGUAAAAACCUGCAGAGAUUGUAUUCUUUAAGGUUGUUGCUGUCAACCAGUCUGACACAGUUUUAAAGUCAUACUGUUUCUUGUUUUGUUUGGGAUGAUGCCCUUAAUGAGAUGCAUAUAAAUGAGUCCUUAUUAAAACAGAUGUGAACAGGUUAGCUAGGUCAGUCUCUAGCUUAGAAAAGAAACUUUUUAUAUUGAUGUUUUUUUGUAUCAAAUUUAACUUCAAAUUGCUUUGGGCCUUUUGUAUGAGACAGCCUGUUGGACAGCUUCGAUAUCUUCACACUCAGAGGUAGUUUAAUCUUGUAAAUAUAGUCUGCCCCCAUGUUUGAAGAUAUCAGUUUAGUGUGAACAUCUAAGUUUCAUGCAAGGAACGUUUUUACCAUAUUAUGGGGUCAUGUACUGAUUGGAACUCCUUAAUGAAUGUGUAUCUGUUCAGCAUGCAUAUUCUGUGUGUAAUGCCUGAAUUACUGUAUGAUCAAAUGUCUGUGAUGUAGAUCUGAAGUAUGUUAUAUGUGUAUGUAUGGUCUAUAUAGAAAGAUGUCAAUGCACUGUGUCAACUUGUGUCAGUAUUAUUCAGAAAAGGUCUUAUUUUUGUACACAAUUAAAAAAGGAUAGCAUCUACAGUUUAUUUUUGUUAUAUAGAUAUACUUAUGUAGAUUAAAUAGAAGCCUAAUUUUGGUCUUUCAUGUAUUUUAGUAUGUCUCACAAUGCUGUCUUUGUGAGUUUCUUGUGAAUUAGGUAGGACUAGGUAGAAACAGUCAUUAAAAGAGUAACAAAAGCCUCCUUUGAUUCAUUUUCUACUGGAUAUUUAUUAUCACGUUUUCUUUGAAAUACACCUACAACUGUUUGUUAAGGGGGAAAACCACAAAACCAGCAAAGAGACUUUUU